AUGUCGAAGCAUCUCUACAAACAGUACCUCAGAAUAGCGGCGAAGUGGCCUAAGGAUGCAAACAAAGCUCCGGAAAGGUACCGAACUUUGCUGAGUAUUUUUCAUCUGUUCAGUUUUCAGAGACUUCGCCAACUUCUUGACAAAAGAGAUCGAACGACAGUUUCAACCGGGUCAACUGACGGCAGCCGACCAUGCAGUCUGCGAGAAACGAAUGGCCGCUCUUGAUCAGCUUCUGAAUAACGAGGUUCUCAAGAAAUAUCCGCACAACUAUAAUUCGGGGGUGUUCGGAAUGAGACUGGAGGAUCUUCAGAGAGCAUCGAGUGAGAAGAGCAGGAAGCAGAUGGGAUUGCAGCCGAAAGUUUCCAUUUUUAAGAAAGCUUACCGAGCAGUUUUUCCCGAGAAAAAAUGAAAUUAAUUUAUUAGGAAUUAUUCUAGUUUUAAAUCAGUCAAAAAAUAUUGUAAUUAUAGAAAGUUUGCUUGUUCUUUGAUCCGACCUUCUUAUCAACGAUCGAUUGAUAAAUAGUGGGCACUCUCACAUUGUUACUUUUUCCUUUUCUUCCUAAAUGUUUCCUUCUUCUGAAUUCCCAUCCCAAGCUUACACUGCUGCACAAGAGAAGUGGCUGGGCCGUGAUCAUCUAAUUACGCCAACUAUAAAAAAAGCUUUUGGUGAUAUUUUGAACGAAAAAAGUGUUCUUGACGUGGGAUGUGGCAAUGGUGAGCUCAAUUGGCAGAAAGCCAAUAUUAGAAUAUUUUUGAAAAUCCAGGACAUUACUCGUUCGAUUUUCUGAAAUGGGGAGCUACUCGUGUCGUCGGAAUUGAUAAUUCGGAAGAGAUGAUCGAUAUUUGCAACUCACAAAAGACUCAAGACGCCGAAAACAUUCACUUUGAGAAAUCAGACAUCUCUGAAUUCUCUUUGAAAUCUAAAUUCGAUGUAGCCACUGCCUUCUUCGUCCUUCAGUUCGUCCACGACAAGCAAAAGUUGAAACAAGCAAUUCAGAAUAUCUCGGAUCAUUUGGUGUCCGGAGGCGUCCUAUUCGGACUGAUUCCGAAUGGAGUAGAAGGCGUCCGGCCUCCGGACCGAAUGGGAGAAAAACUUGGAGCUCAGAUUCAGAAAGAACCGGGCAGCCCUUUUAUUGAUGGAGAACUUGUCAAUAUAAACUUUUACGGAAAUGGAGGUUAGCUAUUAUUAAAAAACAAUAUAUCUAAUUGAAUAACCUUUCAGAAGUGUGUGGAUCUGCAACCAUCGCUCUGCAUUCUCGCCAGUUCUAUGAGAAAUGUUUUUCGGAAUCUGGGUUCGGUCAAGUUGAAUGGAUAGCUCCACAUUUCACAGAUCACGCUCGUCAAUUGCUGGGAGAUCAGUUUUGCAAUCAGUUUCUGUCCCCUCCGUGUGAUAUCAUGUUCAAGUGUGUGAAAAAUUAG